UCCUUAUCACGACGACCGUAUCAAGUUGUUCAAUUUUUAAAAAUGUUUCUCGCUAGGUUUGAUGGGUCAAAGAUUAGAGGGACUGAGAUCGCUUCUGAGAAGAGGGUGAGUGUCAAGUAAAUCAGUUGCUUUAUAAAGGGAGAGGCUGGUCGCGGAUACAGCUAUCAAGCAACACCAUUACACCAACCCUCGUGGCGUUUUAAGCUGAUAAAAUAUCGUUGGGAGGACGUGUAGGGGGUGAGCUGUGAGGAGCUAGCACUACCCUGCACCGGCUAGCUAGAGCGCGCGAGGAAAGCAGAGGAGAUAGGCAGCGAGAGCAAGGGAGCCAUGGCGGCCGGCGGCGACACGGUGCCCAACGUCCACAGCGACAUCGAUAGCAACAACAAGACGCUGCUCAAGAGCGAAGCCCUGUACCAGUAUGUCCUGGACACGACGGUGCUGCCACACGAGCCGGACUGCAUGCGCGACCUGCGACUCGUCACGGACAAGCACGAGUGGGGGUUCAUGCAGUCGUCCCCGGACGAGGCGCCGCUGCUGCGGAUGCUGAUCAAGCUGACCGGCGCCAAGAACACCCUCGAGGUGGGCGUGUUCACCGGCUACUCGCUCCUCGCCACCGCGCUGGCCCUCCCCGACGACGGCAAGGUCAUCGCCAUCGACGUCGACCGCGACUGCUACGAGGUGGGCCGGCCGUUCAUCGAGAAGGCCGGCGUGGCGCACAAGGUGGACUUCCGCGAGGGCCCCGGGCUGGAGCGCCUCGACGAGCUGCUCGCCGACGAGCGCAACCUGGGGCGGUUCGACUUCGCGUUCGUGGACGCGGACAAGCCCAACUACGUGCGGUACCACGAGCAGUUGCUGCGCCUGGUGCGCGUGGGCGGCACCAUCGUGUACGACAACACGCUGUGGGGCGGCACUGUGGCGCUGCCCCCCGACACGCCGCUGUCGGACCUGGACCGCCGGUUCUCCGUCGCCAUACGGGACCUCAACGCCAGGCUCUCCGCCGACGAGCGCGUCGAGGUGUGCCAGCUCACCAUCGCCGAUGGCGUCACCAUCUGCCGCCGCGUCGUGUGAGCGCGAGGCAACCGUCACGUGUGGUGUGGCGGCUUGAUUCCUUCCUUUUCGCUGUUCCAGAGUCUACGAUGGUUUCCAUGAUAAUUUCUUUUCCCCUUUUUUUUGCAUGUUGAAAGCCUCAGAUUGUGUGGUUAUUGUACUUGUGCUUCCUGAACUGGAAUAACUACAGCGCAUUAAAUUGUCA